AUGUCAGAGACUUCCUCCCAUGACUCCUUCUAUGAUUCCCUAUCAGACAUGCAGGAAGAAAGCAAGAGUGCUGACUUCUUCCCUGAGCUCUCCGCUUUUCUCAGCCAGGAAGAGAUCAACAAGAGCCUUGACCUGGCCCGGAGAGCCAUAGCCAACUCCGAGACAGAAGAUUGUGACUCGGAGAAGGAGAUCUCGCAGAUUUUCAGCACCUCUCCUGCAGGCCUCUGUGAACACCCUUCCCGCAAGGAGACCAAAUCGGGGGAGCCCACCUCCUCGGAAAGACCUCCAGAUAACAGGCCAGAGCAGACUGAGGGGCUCUCCUCCCAGGGCUCCAAGAGGAAACCUGCCCUCUCACCCCUGCUCGCCAGACCCAGCUACAUCCGGAGCCUCCGAAAGGCUGAAAAGCGCGGCGCCAACACUCCGGGCGCAGGUGGAAAGCCCGCACCGGCUUAUCGGAGUGAGCCUGGCCCCCAGAGCCAGCUGUGUGACAAGGCGGCUAAUUUCAUCGAGGAGCUGACAUCCAUAUUUAGAGAAGCGGCCAAGCCGAGAAACAGGAGCCCAAACGGGGAGUCCUCGUCACCAGACAGUGGGUACCUGUCUCCCAAAAAUCAGCCGUCAGCCCCGAGGAGUGCCUCUGCCAGCCAGAGCCCCACCGAGGACCAGCAAGAAAUGGAAGCGGAGGUCAAGUUACCCGAAGCCAGGCCCUGCUACCCUGCAGACCGGGAGGAGGAGGUGCCGGGCGGUAGCAUCCCUCAGCCCCAGCCCCAGCCCCAGAGCGCACCCCACUUCUCCUCGGCCCCUCGCUUCAUCCAGAAGCUGCGGAGCCAAGAAGUGGCAGAAGGAAGCAGAGUUUAUUUGGAGUGUCGAGUCACUGGAAACCCAGCUCCUCGAGUCAGAUGGUUCUGUGAGGGGAAGGAGCUGCACAACACUCCUGACAUUCAGAUCCACUGCGAGGGUGGGGACCUGCAUACCCUGGUCAUCGCAGAAGCCUUUGAGGAAGACACAGGUCGCUAUACCUGUCUGGCUACGAACCCCAGCGGCUCAGACACAACAUCCGCCGAGGUGUUCAUUGAAGGUACCAGUUCGACAGAUUCUGACAGUGAAAGUUUAGCUUUCAUAUCGAAACCUGGAGCAAUGCCACAGGCUCAGAAGAAAACAACGUCCGUUUCCCUGACAAUAGGAUCAUCAUCUCCAAAGACAGGAGUGACCACAGCUGUGAUCCAGCCACUAUCUGUCCCUGUUCAGCAGGUUCACAGUCCAACCUCGUAUCUCUGCAGACCGGAUGGAACCACUUCUGCCUACUUUCCUCCUGUUUUUACAAAGGAACUGCAAAACAUAGUGGCCUCCGAGGGCCGGGUGGUGGUGCUGGAGUGCCGGGUGCGAGGAGCACCCCCUCUGCAGGUCAAGUGGUUCCGACAAGGGAGUGAGAUCCAGGACUCUCCAGACUUCCGAAUUCUACAGAAAAAACCUCGAUCUACCGCUGAACCUGAGGAGAUCUGUACCCUCGUCAUCGCUGAGACUUUCCCUGAAGAUGCAGGGGUCUUUACCUGCUCAGCAAGAAAUGACUACGGCUCAGUAACCAGCACUGCCCAGCUGGUGGUCACCGCAGCCAACACCGAGGACUGUAGCUAUGACUCCACGGGAGAGUCCAACAGCGAUCACUUCCAGCACUUCCCGCCUCCCCCUCCGAUCUUGGAAACCAGUCCCUUUGAGUUGGCUCCAAAGAAACCAGCCGAGAUCCAGCAGGUGAACAGCCCGGAGUUAGGCCGCGGCAUGGCAGCCCUUCAAAUGCAAUUCAGUUCUGCCGAGAGGGAAACGAACGGAGUGCACCCCAGCCACGGAGUCAACGGACUGAUUAAUGGCAAAGCGAACGGUAAUAAAUCUCCCCCAACACCAGCUGUCCUGCUUUCACCCACGAAGGAGCCUCCACCUCUGCUUGCCAAGCCGAAACUGGGAUUUCCAAAGAAGGCCAGCAGGACUGCUCGAAUAGCCUCUGAUGAGGAGAUCCAGGGCACCAAGGACGCUGUCAUUCAGGACCUGGAACGAAAACUGCGCUUCAAGGAAGACCUCCUGAACAACGGCCAGCCGAAGUUAACAUAUGAAGAAAGAAUGGCCCGUCGAUUACUAGGUGCUGACAGUGCAACUGUCUUUAACGUUCAGGAGCCAGAGGAGGAAACGGCUAAUCAGGAAAUUGGGUCUCCUCAUGCUUCUAUAGGGAGUCCUCUGGAUGGUCAAAAGGAAUACAAAGUCUCCAGCUGUGAACAGAGACUCAUCAGUGAAAUCGAGUACAGGCUGGAAAGGUCUCCUGUGGAUGAAUCAGGCGAUGAAGCCCACUAUGCGGAUGUGCCUGUGGAAAAUGGAGUGGCACCAGUCUUCGAGAUGAAGCUGAAACAUUACAAGAUCUUCGAGGGAAUGCCUGUCACUUUCACAUGCAGAGUGACUGGGAAUCCACAGCCAAAGAUCUACUGGUUUAAAGAUGGAAAGCAGAUCUCUCCCAAGAAUGAUCACUACAUCAUUCAAAGAGAUCUUGAUGGGACGUGCUCUCUCCACACCACAGCCUCCACCCUAGAUGAUGAUGGGAACUACACCAUCAUGGCUGCAAACCCUCAGGGCCGCGUCAGUUGUACUGGACGGCUAAUGGUACAGGCUGUCAACCAGAGAGGUCGCAGUCCCCGCUCUCCCUCGGGCCUUCCUCAUGUCAGAAGGCCUCGUUCUAGAUCCAGGGACAGUGGAGAUGAAAAUGAACCCAUCCAGGAGCGGUUCUUCAGACCUCACUUCUUGCAGGCUCCUGGGAACCUGACUGUGCAAGAAGGAAAACUCUGCAGAAUGGACUGCAAAGUCAGUGGGUUACCAACCCCAGAUCUAAGCUGGCAACUAGAUGGAAAGCCAGUCCGCCCCGACAGUGCUCACAAGAUGCUCGUACGUGAGAACGGGGUGCACUCUCUGAUCAUAGAGCCUGUCACAUCGCGAGAUGCCGGCAUCUACACGUGUAUAGCCACUAACCGAGCAGGACAGAACUCGUUCAGCCUGGAGCUUGUGGUUGCAGCUAAAGAGGCACACAAACCCCCCGUGUUUAUCGAGAAGCUGCAGAACACCGGCGUUGCUGACGGGUACCCAGUGAGACUGGAAUGCCGUGUUUCAGGAGUGCCACCACCUCAGAUAUUUUGGAAGAAAGAAAAUGAAUCACUCACUCACAGCACUGACCGAGUGAGCAUGCACCAGGACAAUCAUGGCUACAUCUGCCUGCUCAUUCAGGGAGCCACAAAAGACGACGCCGGGUGGUACACCGUGUCGGCUAAGAAUGAGGCUGGGAUUGUGUCCUGCACGGCCAGGCUGGACGUCUACACCCAGUGGCAUCAGCAGCCACAGAGCACCAAGCCAAAAAAAGUACGCCCCUCAGCCAGUCGCUAUGCAGCACUUUCGGACCAGGGACUAGACAUCAAAGCAGCGUUCCAGCCUGAAGCCAGCCCAUCUCACCUGACACUGAAUGCCGGCCUGGUGGAGAGUGAGGACCUGUAAUCCGACAUUCUUCUUAAAGCUGAAACACUGAAACACCCUGCCUUGACCAGCAUAUGCCUUUGUCACUAUGUAAAAGGCAAAACCAUACCUUUGACUAUAAGAAAUAAAAGAAACCAAAAUAUUUUUUUUACUUGAUAUACCAAACUUAGAGUUUAAGUAGGUGAUGCUGAUAGAAAUGUACACAUUGCACAGGAAAACUUUUGAAUUGCUGUGAUUAAAGUGGUCUGAAAUGCUAAAGGUAACCACAAUUCGUAUUAUCAACGAGCCUUUAAACACUAGCUUUAGGUGCUACACAACAUGAUAGUGUGCAAUGCGUAACAUGAGGCAUUUGUACCAUAAAAAUACUAAAAUGAUUCUAAAGUGGCAGUGUAUCCAGACAGCUACAGUGAACCAAGUGCAAUAUGUAAGGAUGGAAAAGGAAGAGGAAAGAAAUCCAAGUUAAUGCCUUGUCUUUGCAAACUGUUUUAUAUUAAAUCAUAAGGAGGGAAUUACUUGCCUUAAAUAUAAUACUGUCAAGUGUUUUCUAAUAAGGGUAACACCUUAGUUCUUGACAUUUUUUAUGUGUUUUAUUUCCUUUCAUGCUACCUAGGUAGAAAGCUUAUUUACAAACCAUAUUAAAUGGCUAAUUUAAAUAUAAAUAAUAUAAAGUAUUCUGAAUAGAGCAGAAAUAUAUUACAGUCCAUUCCAGGAAAGGCAUCCAAACUACCCAAAUAACCAAGGCAUACAGAAUUUGGAGGAAACAGGGGUUUGAGAGAAGUAAGGAGAAGAACGAAGGAAAAGGCUACCAACAUACUUACUACUUUGUGUUCAUUUAGAUAAAAGUAGAAGGGCAGGAGACAUGUUAAAGGCCAGGCUUUUCUUUGAUUUUCUUGAAAAUUAAUCUCACAUGUAGGUGAAAAAACACAGCCAUUCACAAGUCAGGGAAUCUAGGGCCAGCUGGAAGUUGGAGCACCUGUGCUAUGGAAAUUUAGUGUGUCUGAGUUUGUGUAGUAGUUGAUGAUUUUAGAUGUUUAGAGCAAGUUGACAACGGACUGAGACUGCAAGAUUGGUGUAAGAGAGACAUUGCCUGUAGCAUCUAGUCAACUUGAAGGAAAUGGAGACUUAGGAGAGACAAAAACAGGUCUGUGCCAUAAUGUAUUUUUUUCAAUGGCACCAAGACAUGGUGAAUGGAAAAUACCAGUUCACAUCCCUGCUCACAUGAAACCGUGCUUUAAGAAGGUGCCACGUUCUGAGGAGUUUGUAAAGGCGUCUCAGCAAAGACUGACUUUUAAAUGCACAUGACUCUGCAUCAGCUAGACUGAGAUGAUUCUGACCAGACUUGAUGGUUUUAAGUCGGAACCAAUAAAUUUUUAAAAAGAAGAAACAACAAUUUGGCCUAAUUUUAUAAAACAUGAGGCUUUAAUGGUACUUUGCUAUGAAAAGAAAACACUGUAUUCCUUAUGCAAAACACGUAUAUCUUUCAUUAUUUAUAAUAAAAAUGUUGAACUCUCUAAGCUCAGUUACUCAAUUCAAUACAUAGUAUUUUUUAAAGUAAUUUUAUAUCUGUGUACCACCCCAUAUAUUUCAUAUUACUGCUUCACAUGUACAGCUUUCUACUUCUUUGUAAGAACACCAACCAACCAGGUUGAAAUGAUUAACAGGCUUGAGCACUGGGUGGCAGAUGUUCUAUGCAGUGGUGCAAGCUUCUUUGGCCACACUUAUGCAUUACUAAUAUGGAAUUUAAGAUACCAUACAAAGUCCCUCAUGGACCUACCUAUAUUGUAGUACUAUGACUUAUGUCAUAUCUUAUUUGCCAAAUUUUUCUGAAUGUGACUUUUUUGCUAAUUUUCUGGGUUUGGGAUUAAGUAGCAUUAUUUUGCCAUCUUUUAUGUUGUAUUUAUAAAAAAAUAGUACUAUCAUACUAUUUUUGGGUUGUUGUGCUGGUGUAAUGUGGAUUUAACAUCAAUAAAUAUUUAACAAAUCAUAGUUGCAA